GGAGAGGGACGGGAAGAAGGAGGGCGACAUGGUGCGAUAAAUAGGAAAACAGAAGUGAAAAAAGUGUUGAUUUUCAAUUGUCAAAGUGAGGAAAAAAACACGGAACUGCAAUCGAUUCUUUCAAUUGGAAUUAACGCUUGCGACGACGAAGGAAUGAAGCUCAAGACCUUGUUUUCUCCGGAGUCGGCGGACGCGGCCACAGAGAAAGGCGCUUCCUCCGACACUCCGCAGAGUCCUUUCGAACGAGUCCUGGACGAGGUCGGCGGCGAGGGUCGGUACCAAAUGCUCCUGCUGUUCGCCUACCUGCUUCCGCUCUCCUUCUACUCGCCCUUCGGCUCUUCUUCGCUCCUGCUGAUGAUGACCACGCCAGACCACUCCUGCAGCGUGCCGGGGCGCCCGUCCGGCGUCGUCAGCGAGGAGGAGUGGCGCAACAUGACGAUUCCGUGGGAGGACGGAGCCGAUGGCAAACCGCGGCUGAGCCAGUGCCAUAUGUACAACAUGACGUACAGCGACGUCCUGAAGCCGGGAACCUCCUACACUAUUGACAAUUCUACUAUCACUAAGUGUCAACAUGGCUGGGACUACGACAAGAGCCGCUGGACAGAGACCUCCGUUAGCUUCUUCGACCUCGUGUGCGAGGACGCCUCCUCCGUCACCACCAUCUUCUCCCUCGCCGUCGCAGGAAACGCCCUCGGCACACUCCUCCUCUCCAUCCUCUCCGACAGAAUAGGCCGACGACCCGUUUUCUUCCUCACCGUCCUCAUCAACUUUAGCUUUGGUCUCCUGAACAUGUUCGUCCCGACGAAAGAACUGUUCGCGGCAGCCAGGUUCCUCACCUGCCUCGCUUUCUUCAGCAUCUACCAGAUGCCCUACAUCAUAGUCGUGGAACUCAGCUCAGGGCAUCUUAGAGGGCUGACGGCGGCGCUGUCCUUCGUGGUCGGCACCGUGGGCAUGUGCUGCGUCCCCUUCGUCGCCUGGGUUCUGGCACACUGGCGAUCCUUCGGCAUAGCCUGUCACGCGCCGUCCAUUCUCUUCUUCCUGUAUUGGUGGUACCUGCCGGAAUCGCCCCGCUGGCUGCUGUCCAUGGGGCGCGUGGAGGAGUGCGAAGCCAUCAUGAGGAAGGUCGCCGCCACCAACGGCCGGGCGCUGCCUUCCAACCUGCGGGGGCUGCUGGAGGAGGCGAGGGCGGACGAGAAGAAGACGGCGUCCAUGAGAGACCUCCUCAGACACAGCAGCCUCAGGAAGCAUUUGGUCAUCACUUCGAUCUGCAUAGUGAUCUUCUGCGUGGUCUACUCGGGCAUCAUGCUGAACCUGCACAACAUGGCGGGCAGCGAACUGGUCAACUUCCUGGUCCUUUCCGUGGUGGAGGUGCCCGGGAAUGUGGUCGGCGGGCUGUCGGCACACUACUUCGGGCGUCGGCUGACCUCGGGGCUGACGCUCGCUGUCACGGCCGUGUUCUCAGGCCUCGCCGCCACGGCCAUCACGGAUCGUUGGCUCCUAGUGGCCUUCUGCGGGCUGGCCAAGGUCUUCGUGACGGCGGCGGUGCUGGUGGUCUACAUGCAGAUCGGCGAGCUGUUCCCGACGGCGCUGCGCUCCCUCUCGUACGGCACCACCACCGUCGCCGGCCUGAGCGCCACGGUGUUUGUGCCGGCCCUGGUGUCCGUGGGCGCCACUGACCGAAAACUCCCAUACUACAUCCUGUGCGGACUCUGCAUCUUCGGCGCGGCAGUCAGCACCCUUCUGCCGGAGACCCUCGGGCGACCCCUCCCACAGACAGUCCACCAGGCGAACCACAUAGGGCAAGACGAGUCCUUCUGGUCCAUCACCACCCACUGGACUCGGCAGAAGUAUGUUCCGAUUGGGGAAGCCGCGGGCAAGGAGGCACGCAACGGGACACCGAGCGUGGCAGCCGAGACGGGGAUCUGAGCCGUCCUUGGCGGUUCGGGUGGCCUGGUCCGGACGUGCAAGGAGGCAGGGUCUGGGGACGGAGCAAAGGCCAAUGAAAGAAAACCGAAGCUGAAACUAACACAAGUUGAGAAAGUGAAGGAAAGAUAAGGAAUGUAAAAAAAAAAACAAAAAAAAAAAAAACGAGAAUGAAGAGAGAACAAAAAGAUAAAGGAAAAAAAUAAGAUAAAAGGAAAAUGAUGAAGAAAAGCUAAGAUGGCAAGAAACUGAAAAGAGAGCUAUGAAGAACAAAACGACGAUGAAAAUAAAAAACGGAAAAAAAUAUGAGAUUAAUAAAAACAACCAUACAACAAAACAAAUGACUAAAAAGCAAAACAGGGAGAUAAGGAAAAUGCUAAUCAUAAUUUGUGAGCUUUUAAUCAAAAUCGAUUGUUUCAUUAAUUCUUCGCAUCUAAAAUAGAACUUGAUUAUGAACAGUAUUCUGUUCCCUAUGAAUAUGUAAACUUGGCAAGAGUAAACCUAAAUCACAUUUCUAUUUCCCACUCGUGUAUAUUAAUCACAACGGUACUGCAUGAAACAGAACGUGAAGUAAAAAUAAAAAAAGGAAAGAAAAAAAAAAGCACAACACUUGCAAUACAGACAACAUAGCAUCUAAAACAGAAUUCAGUAAAACAUAAUCCAUAUAAAUAUUGAAUCAAGUGAUUUUUGUAUAAUGAAUAUCAAAAUUCUGCCAAAUAAUGCAUAUAACAUUAUAAAACUAACACCGAAAAUGAUAAUGGUAAUAUAAAAUACUGUUGCUACUACUACUA